AUGCUGCUCGCGCUGCUAGAUCACUUCAACCAUGAGUUUUACUACACGACAGACUGGCAGCCCACCAUUCACUCCUCCACUGCUGACAUCAACAACUUUGCUGCUGACGUCAUCUCUCCAGGCCAGCCAAUCAGCGUGGGCUAUGGCUCCAUGGACACCGCCCAGUUCCUGCUGCUGUACGGCUUCCUGCCGCCCAACAACCCAUUUGACCAGUUCGUCCUUUUCGAAAACGCCACAGUGCUUCUUGACUACUACGAGACAAAAUAUCUUGCCCGAGCCAUGUGCAACGACAGCGAGGGGGAGGAGGGAGAGAGCAACGCUCUUGUGGCCAUCAAACAACCGCCAUCCUUCCAGAGAGGCGUGCUAGAAGAGACAAGGGAUGCCGCCCAGGUGCUGCCGGUGCUGUCCAGGCAGCGCAGCGAGGAGAUAUCGUCAGCGCUGACGAGGCGACAGCUGUCGGAAGACAAGUGGUGGACAGCUGUCAGUCGCGUGGUGCAGGGGCUAGCCCUCAUGGCGAAGCAGGUGCAGGCGGAGCUCGAGGCGGACGGCAGUCUGCAGGACUCCGCCAGCUCAGCAGGGGCGGCGGCGGGUGGCAGGUGGGUGCAGCUGGCAGCAACGGGGGAGGAGAUGGCGGGCGGCACAGUUCCUGGUGGUGGCAGGUGGGUGCGCCAUGUAGCUACUGGGGAGGAGAUGGCGGGAGGGAAGGUGAUGUGA